UCCAGGUCUUCCCUGUUGGACGUGGAAGCCUCUCUGAACAUGAGUUUCAUGGGCGGCUUGGUUGAAGUCGGCGGGUCCGCCAAGUACCUGAACGACCAGAAGAAAUUCAAGAACCAGAGCAGGGUGACCUUCCAGUACAAAGCCACCACCACCUUCAAGCAGCUGUCUCUUCCCGCUCUCGGGCCACUGACCAGCCAGCAAAAGCAAAUCAUCGAGAAGGGCAGGGCCACCCAUUUGGUCACGGGCAUCCUGUACGGGGCCAACGCCGUCUUUGUCUUUGACAGCGAGAAG